UGCGGAAAUUCGUCCGAUUUUUCAGAUAUUGUUUAUUAAUUUUAUUGUAAAUAUUAUAGGAUGUGUUAAUAUCCAGAAAUCACAGACCGUGGUUGUGUUUAAUCACAUUUAACAAAGUUAACUGCUUCGCGUACGACGUGAAAAAUGUGCUAUUGAAUUUUUCCUGAUAGUUAAUUUAUCGGAAAAAGUAUUCCAGCUAGUGUUACCAUUCUAAGAUGAGGAUUCGAAAGUUAUCAGCUCUAUUCUGGUCGACAUGUAUUCUUGCCCUCAUAGUUAUUCUGUAUGUGACCACAGAUUUGAGUUUUAAGCUGCCAAGUAUUCGACCAGCAUAUCAGGAGGUAGAUGAAAACAAAUGGUCUUCAGUUGAGUCAAAACUGCAGCAUAUUGAGAAAGAAUUGAACCAACACAAUGUAGUUGUUGGUGAAAUCAAAUCCGCUUUUGACCAGGUUGUGGAUAGAUCGCAUUUCCAAGCGCCGCCACCGCCUCGCCCGCAAACUGAAAGAAAAAAGGACUACGUGAAAUCUGAACCAAAGGACUAUGAUAAACAUUUCAACGAUGUAAACUACGACGAGGAUAAGAAAUAUUCGUACAAAGAUAUAAAGGUAGUUGGGGAAGAGCCACCUAAAAGAAUUACUGUGAAGUUUGAUCAGAUGACGUGCCCGGUAAAGAAAGAUGGUCCUUUACAAACUGAAGUGCAGAUGCUAUCAUUGUACGACAGGAUGUCCUUUGACGACAAAGACGGGGGUGUGUGGAAACAAGGUUGGAAUGUCGAAUACAACGAGCAGCAAUGGAACUCUAAGAAUAAACUUAAAGUGUUCAUCGUACCUCAUUCACAUAACGAUCCAGGCUGGAUAAAAACUUUCGAAAACUACUACAAAACUCAAACGAGGGCAAUAUUUACCAACAUGGUGGAGAAGUUAGCUGAAAAGCCCGGUAGGAAAUUUAUCUGGUGUGAGAUUAGUUACCUCGCGCUCUGGUGGACAAUGGACGCCACUGAUCAAGACAAGGCAGCUUUUAAAAGCCUUUUAAACUCCGGCAACUUGGAAAUAGUGACUGGUGGAUGGGUAAUGAAUGAUGAGGCCAGUUCCCAUUGGAUGGCUAUCAUACAACAAUUAUCGACCGGACACCAGUGGUUACUCGACAAAUUCAAUUAUAUACCCAAAAAUGCCUGGUCCAUUGACCCUUUUGGUUAUUCAAGCGCCCAGCCUUAUCUACUCAAAUUGGCCGGGUUUGAGAACUCUGUUAUUCAACGAGUGCAUUACAUAGUGAAGAAGGAGUUAGCGUUGAAUAGGCAGUUGGAGUUCAAAUGGAGACAGCUAUGGGACGGCAAGGGUGUCACCGAUAUGUUCACGCACAUGAUGCCGUUCUAUUCUUACGACGUGCCACACACUUGUGGUCCUGAUCCUAAGAUCUGUUGUCAAUUUGAUUUCAAGAGGCUACCGGGUAAUGGCGUCACUUGUCCAUGGGGUGUCCCACCUGUUAAGAUUACAGAGAAAAAUAUUCAUGACAGGGCUUUCAUGAUCCUGGAUCAGUGGCGUAAGAAGUCGCAACUAUACCGCAGUAACGUGUUGAUGGUACCACUCGGCGACGACUUCCGUUACGAUCGCGCCAACGAGUGGGACAAUCAGUACUUGAACUACGAAAUGCUCAUUGAUUACAUCAAUAGCAACGUCGAAUACAACGCUGAGGUCCAGUUUGGGACCCUCCAAGACUACUUCAAGGCUCUCCAUGACGACGUGAAACUGUCCGACUUCCCGACACUCUCAGGCGAUUUCUUCACUUACGCGGACCGGAACCAGCACUACUGGAGUGGCUAUUUUACGUCCAGGCCUUUUUAUAAAAACAUGGAUAGGGUCCUACUUGCGUAUGUCAGGGCAGCGGAUUCAGUAAUGGUGCAAGCAAUAUCUUCAGGCCUUGUAAGUAAAGUACUGGAAUUGCAACUUCGCGACCGUAUGACGCAGGCGCGGAACUCGCUAUCACUGUUCCAGCAUCAUGACGGGAUCACUGGUACCUGCAGGGAUGAAGUACGAGAAGACUAUGCUAAGAAAUUGUUAACAGCAAUAAAACACGCCCAAUCUGCAAUCCAACAAGCCUCGUACUUACUUCUCCAAAAACCUCAAAUCGUAGACCAAACCCAAAAGGACAUAUUCUUCGACGUAGAUGACAUCUGGAGGAAACAUGACGAAAUACCAUCGAGGAUCACGAUCGCAUUGGAUGCUGUAUCUCCAUCUAGACGUGUUGUUCUUUACAACGCGCUUGCUUUUAAGAGAACCGAGAUUUUGACAUUAAUUGUUAGUUCGCCACAUGUUGAGGUGUACGAUCCAGAAGGAAACCCGCUAAUGGCGCAAGUGUCACCCAUAGUAGCAGGUGAAAGACGACUUGGCUUCGCUGCUAGCAAGUUCCAGUUGUCGUUCCCCGUGAGCGUGCUCCCGCUGGCUGCCGUCGGGUACACUGUCUCGUUGAGAGACAGCUCCGCAAUUAACAAAUACACAUCGUACGCUCGCGUGCGUAUCUACAACGCGGAUUACUGGAAUGUGGAUCUCCCAAAGAUGUUCGCUGUGGAACAGGUGCAGGGACGUCUAUCCGAAGAUGUGUCUUUCAAGUUAGGCAAUACUGGCGUUGUAGCUGAUAUGAAAGGGUUAUUGAAAAGUAUAUCUACUGACGGGAAACCUGUGCCUAUUCAUAUGGACUAUGUUCAUUACGACAGUAAAAAAGAGCACGACAACAACAGUGGCGGGUAUCUGUUCGUGCCGUCCGGUCCGGCGGCGCCUUUCACUCCGGAGCCGUAUCCGGAACUGGUCAUAACCGAGGGCAUACAUAAAUCCACGUUGUACACUUCAUUAAUUGGUCCGAAGAAGGCUGAAGUGAUAUUGUCGAUAUCAAUAAACAACAACCCAUCCCUGCCUCAAAGCGAGAUCGAGAUCGGGAACACGUUCCUAAUCGAUCCUGCGUCAGACAAUCUUGAACUUGCCAUGCGAUUCUCGACCAACAUACAGAAUGGCGACGUGUUCUAUACUGAUCUGAAUGGCAUGCAGAUGAUUAAACGACGGUACUUCGAGAAGCUUCCAAUCCAGGCCAACUACUAUCCUUUACCAGCGGCCGCAUACAUUGAAGAUGAUAACACUCGUUUCACUAUACUCACGUCUACGCCUUUGGGAAUGGCGGCCUUGCAACCGGGUCAGAUGGAGGUAAUGCAAGACAGGCGGCUGAGUCGUGACGAUAACCGCGGCAUGAACCAAGGCGUACAGGACAACGUUCGCACCCGGCACACGUUCAGACUCGUGCUCGAAAGCGCUAAUAGCCCCUGUCAAAACAAAACCCACCCAGAAAACCCAAGUGGUCAACUGACACUUGGCACUCACGUGUCCCAACAAAUGUUGCUACAACCUAUAAUAACGAUGCACUACACAGCGCAAGAUGACGGCUCUCGACCGGUAUUUUCGCGGCCGAUAACAAACGCUGCUGAUGUCGUAUUGGGAUCUUUCCGACCGCAUGUUAUAAGCAAGACAAAAGACGAUAAAAAGGUGCAAGGCGUCGGCAUGACCUUCCAGCGGGUGUACUUAGACGUGUGCUACGGUAACAAGGACAUUGCCAAGUGGUAUCCCGUUGGCGAUGGACAGGUUCAACUCUCUGAAUACCUGGAUGUAACAUCAAGUCAGAUAUACGAGAGCACGUUAACUUUUAAUCGCAUACGGAACCCUAUACCUAACGGCGUACUCACUCUUUGCCCUAUGGAAAUACGUUCAGUGUUCGUCAAUCAUACUUUGAAGCACGAUUGAGGUGUAUAAUUCAUGUUUAUAUCCAGCUUUGGAUUAGUGCGGAUGACGGUGAGCCCUAGUCUGUUUAGUGAGAGUUAAUAAAUGGAAAACCAUCCCAAGUUCAGGGUCUUGCAAGAAAGUUUUCACGCUGACUUUCGAGUUACAUUGUGAGUACUUUUACGUACUAUGUCCGAUUAUCAUUUUUAUUAUAGACACAUAGAUAUCAGUUCCGAAUACAAGAAAACAUCGAGUAU